UUUAGGACUGGACUGACUUGUCCAUUUAACCACAGUUUUACACUUUUAUUAACCCCUCACUAAACUACAAGUGUCAGCGGUACAUAGCGUUACAAAUGCGGACUACAGUUUCUUCUUCGGUGGUGUGACAAUGGACGUACGGUGUGCUGUGGAGACUUGUGCAGAGUUUGGCUUCUCAGGAGCAACAUGCACACCCAGGAUCAGGUGUGGUUUGGGGACAGAUGUGUUCCUCUGCACUGGCAGCGACGAGGUUUAUAUCUUCAGCACUGAGGGGAAAAUACUCACGGCUAUCCUCCAGUUUCCUGGUCCUGUGAGUGACCUGGUUCAGAGUCACGAUAAGCAGUGCCUCUAUGUAGCCUGUAGGAGCGGAGUCUAUUGCGUCAGUUUACAACUUCUGCUAUCUAGGGUUGAAAGCUCCCCAGCUGAUGCAUCCUCUGAGCUGAAAAUCUCCUCCGAGUCUCUGGUCGCUGCAGAAGAAGGAGUGUCAUCGCUGCUCCUCGUCGGCUCUGUGCUACUGACUCUUUCCCAGAGAGACGAGUCCUGGAUGUUGACUCUGUACAAAUCCUCAAACUACGAGAAGCUCAGCUCGUUCAGUCAGGUCUCAGGAGUUGGACACACUGAGGGAAAGACGAUGAUGAGAAGAAGUCCGGUGCUGAUUUGUGUUUAUGCCAGCGAUGCAUUGUCUUCCAUCCCCAAUUCCUCAUCAAAUGAAGCUCCAAAUGAGGGCCAUUUUCACCUCGAUUCAGUCCUCUUCAAACUUCUUUUUGGGAUCGACGUCGCACUAGCCAAAUCCCCCAUUAUCCUUUGUGGCCUUCCAGACGGGUGCUUGUGCUUCCUCCCUCUGCGUCUCCCAGGAUCAAGGCUCCGAGUCCUGCACAGCCUGGAGCAGCCGGUCGUAUUUGUUGGAGCUUCUAUAGCCACAAAAACCAGUCCGGGGCAGUGUUUGGUGGCAUUGGGUGAACUGGGGAGAGUGGUGGUGAUCAAAGCCGACAAAGGAGGGUCAUCAGAGGCAAGGGGAAACAUUACAGCUCUUAUUGAGGGUUGUGUGCCGGGGCCUGUGGUGUGUGGCUGUGUGGAUAAAAACACUCUUUACUACAGCACUGGGUCAGACCUGCUGCUACUGGAGCUAUCAGAGCGGAAAUCUGGAGGAGAAGGCCAGGAAAGUGAGGAAACACGCAGAAAGACAGACGCUGCUCUCCAAAGCCCCACCAGUUUAAAUGUGUGUCAACUCGCUGCCUUGGCCCAGCCUACGUGCAACACUGCAGGUGUAGUGGAGCUGCUGGCUCUGUCUGUCAGAGGGCGGCUGCGGAGGAUCAAAUUACCUGUGAGGACGGAGGACGACAGAUUGUCCUCCGUGUCCAACUCUCAGGUCGGCCGCAGCGUCAGGGACCUGCUGUCCGCCAUCGGGGACGUCUGUGAAAGAGCAUCGGUGCUGAAAACCUCCAUCAAAUCCAAAAACCAGAUUCUGCAGCACCUGAAUCAAGUGCUCAACAUCAGCUACCUUCUGAUGGCCGGUACACACAGUGAUGAAAAUCAUCCUCGCCCAGAGAACCCAAUCAGAUGUCGAGCUGCAACCAGCUGGAGCAGAUUGCUUCUGGAAGACUCCCUGAACCUGACGUGUGUCCUGGAUAACUCCAGUCCUUAUGUCUUGGAGCGAGGCUGGACAUUAAGCAUCACUGUGUUUCCUCUGUCUCAUCCUCCCAGUGCAGGAGGGGAGAACUCCUCCACAAACUUUUCAUUCCCGUUCCAAAACCUCCAUCCAGGCGAGACGUUAGAAGUGUCGCUGCCUCUCAGAGCUGCAGGCGAUCCAUCCUUCCCCGUGACAGUAAGCUGCUCACUCCUCUUCUCCCUCACCAGCCUCCUGGGAGAGGAAGCUGCAAACCUUCUCGCUCUGCAGAUUAGCUGCAUCAGUUUGCCCCUGAACACACUGACAGUGGAUUGGCUGCACGCCCUGCAGGUGAGCAGCCAUAAAGCCGUCCAAGAGAAGAUCACACCUCAAGCAACAGAUCCCACUGAAGCUUUUUUAAGAUCAUGCCGUCUUAGAAAAGUAGAAGGAGGAGGAGAAGGUGCUUUAAAGUAUUUAGCAAGUGUACGGGUGUCUGCAGAGUUACUGAGGGACACACUUAUGGUGAAGAAAAGCUCAGAUUUUGACCCACUGGCGACAAAUGUGGCUACUGAAAAUGUGUGCCUUUCUCUGCUGGAGUGGCUUCUGUCUGAAGGUCCUGGAGGAGUGACGACGGGACAAAAAGGAGACAAAGUCUCACUCAGCGACUCAGUGGUGCAAGCUCAAGGUCCGAACAGACAGACUGUCAAACUGACUGCAAAAGAGGUGUAUGCAGGGGAGGAGGAGUCCCUGGCCACGGUGGAGGUUCAGGUUCAGAGCUCCUCUAUAGCAGCAGUGUGUGGACUUCAUCACGCCGUGCUGCGACGAGUACAGACUCUGCUGCAGAGGGCUCCAGAGAGAGCUGCUUCCACAAAGAGUGUCCAGAGUUUGGGGUUAAGACAGGCUCUGCAGCGGGCCGAGCACCUGUUGCAACAGAUCCAGCAAAGUCGAGUGUCAGAGGUCUUCGGCGGGGGGGUGUCCACAGGGCAGAUGAGCCGAACGCUUCUCAACGUUUACCGAGAAAUGAGAGAAAACCCUCUCGUCAUAAUUUAACACUUUCUGCCCCCUGCAGCCGAUGCAUGAAGAAUAAUGAUCAUACAUGUCCUUGCUAGUGUAAAUGCGACUUUGCAUCAAUAUAAAUUCCGGUCAGUUUAAUAUUUUACACAAAGAAUGAUUGAUGACUCAUUAUUUCUGGUCAGUAAUUUGCUAUUCGAUGCCCUCCAGCUUUAUUGUGAGCAGUGUGCUUCAGCUUCACCUCACACUGCAAACCGUCGAUAUUAGUGUUUUACAGAGGUGUUUGUUUAUAUAUAAUUCAUAGCGUUAUUUCCUGAUUAAUGGAUACCCCAAUGUCUCUCUUCGAUAUGCCAACAAAAGAAAACAAACAUUUUAAAGCUAGCUUAAUCCAAUGCUCAGAUUUAUCUUCCAAAGAUGUUUUCAUAUUAUCAUAAAUUGAAUAAGAUAAUGCCUUUUUUUGCAUAUUUAAAUAUAAGAGUUGAUCUGGGGAAGUUUCAUUGAGAUAUCUAUUUAGUCUCA